AUGACUGACGCGCUCUACACAGAGGUCAAGCAAGUUCUUGGGCCCGGGAGCACCUGGAUCACUGCGCCUUCCCCGUCCACCUCCUCGUUCGCAUCUUCAUCAAACAGCACCGCCUCCGACUCGCCUGUCCUCUUCCACGCUUUCCGAAGGACCUUCACAGGGGCUGCGAAGCACGAUAGCUAUGUCUGGCUCGAGAUUGUCAACCCUGGCUUGCUCAAGGCGCUCAAGGCGGUCUUUCCGACGCUCGCGACUCUCUACGAAUCGGGUCCAGGGAUCGACGCUCGAGCGGUCUAUGUCCAGCGCGAGGCCCUCCGCGCAAACGCCAACUCUUCCGCCGUCGACUCGCUGCUUCGUUAUGUCGAGGCGUCCUUCGCUUACGUUGCGGAAACCAUCGCGACUUACCCUACCGGCACAUUCUCGUGGCAUCUCCUCUGGAGCCAGUUGGAGAUCGGUGAAGACCUUGAGACGGUGCAUGACGUGACAGGCGAGACGAUGGCCGUGACGCUCGACAGUUGGGCAUAUGUGCAAGAAGCAAUGGGGCGAGCACUCAACCUCUCUUGCCACUUCUACCAAUGGGCAGGGACCUGCUGGCACCGCGUCCCGUUAACCCGCAAGAUUCGCGAAUUCGGCAACCUGCAAGAAAUCGCAGCGUUGCCAGCACGGCCAUUGACGGAGGAGAAGAAGGCGAGUUUGCGAGAACGAGGGCGAAUGUACACGCAGUACGCUGGCCAGGUUCACGCCAGCUACAAAGGCUUCUUCUUUACUCGAGCUUUCAGCGGAGCAGAUCGGCUGAUGGGGGAAGGGCAAGUAGUAAUCGAUGUGAAGAGCUUCCGGCGCUGCAACCCUACUCUCGAUCAUUGGGGAGACGACGUCGUGGACCGCGGCGGGACGACGCAGUGGGCGACACACUCGAGCAGCCGAACAAAACCUUGUCCGCCCGUAACAGAAGACCAGCUACACCUUCUUCCACCCUCCAUACACGGCUUCUCGCUUCGUGCCAAACGCUUCGGCGAGUUCCUCAUCUCCCGCCUGUCCCCCAUCGUCUGGCGAGACGAGUCUUUCUCGCAUCUCGUCAUCCCCGCCUCUUACCGACGAAUAGUCAAAGCGCUCGUGACGGUCCAUGCAGGCGAGUUGAAGGAGAAGCUGAUGGUGGACGUAGUCGAGGGGAAGGGGAACGGGCUGGUGAUGGCUUUCCAUGGCGCGCCUGGAACGGGCAAGACUUUGACUGCCGAGGCUGUCGCGGAGCACUUGCGAAGACCGCUCUACGUCGUCAGCGCUGGCGAGCUCGGCACAACCGCACAGACGCUCGAGAACCAGCUUAAAAACGUCCUUGAGCUUGCGACCGCUUGGAACGCCGUCCUCCUGAUUGACGAGGCCGACAUCUUCCUCACGAAGCGUGACACGAGACAACUCGAGCGUAACGCUCUCGUUGGUAUUUUCCUACGUUUGCUCGAGUACUUCACUGGCGUCCUCAUUUUGACGACCAAUCACAUCGAGAACUUCGACGAGGCUUUCCUCUCCCGCUUCGCCGUCGUCCUCCGCUUCGACGAGCUCGACGAGCCUUCACGUCGGACACUCUGGGAGCGGUUCCUCCUCAAAGCUACUUCCUCCUCGUCCUCCUCCCUCUCCCCCUUCGACCUUACCCACCUCGCCUCGUUCCGCCUCAACGGUCGCGACAUCAAGCACGUCAUACAAACUGCGCAGGCGGUCGCGUUAGUUGAGGGAGAGGAGCUGGGGAUGAAGCAUUUGGAAGAGGUGUUGAGGGUUGCGAAGUCGGGCAUGCGGAGGGAGUAG